CCGAGCACCGCUAGUCUUGCGGCGCGAGCGGCCGGGUGGUGUACGACAGUGACCACUCGGUCGAGGUGAGAGGCCACUCGGAGGGAUGCUCGGGGAGGUCGCGUGUCCCGGGCUUCGUUUGCAGAUUUCACAGUAGUCUCGACCAUGGCAGCUUGUACUCAAGACUCUCAAGAAACGAGACACGCGGCAGGCAGAAGGCGCUCCGCUCGCGAGACCACGAUGACGACGCCGUCGCCCACUCACAGUGACGGAAGCGGCUCCUCCAAGCACGUCAGGAACCAGGUCAGGAACCAGGACAGCUGGGAGAUUGUGGAGGGGCUCAGGGGGGUUCCUGCCAGCACGCGUGAGCCCGACAGACAGGAGGGCUUCCUGCUCAAGAGGAGGAAGUGGCCCAUGAAGGGGUGGCACAAGAGAUACUUCAUGCUGGAUAAAGGCAUCUUGAAGUAUGGAAAGCGGGGAGCUGAUCUGCAGAAGGGAAAGCUUCACGGCUGCAUCGACGUUGGCCUCUCCGUCAUGUCGAUCAAGAAGAAAGCCAUGUGCAUCGACCUGGACACGGAGGAUAACAUCUAUCACUUGAAGGUCAAGGCUCCGGAGCUGUUUGAGGAGUGGGUGUCAAAGCUGCGUCAUCACCGCGUGUUUCGCCAGAACGAGAUCGCCAUGUAUCCCAACGAGAGUCCCCUCUUCAACCCCCACGCCUCGUCCUCCCCCUCCCUCGGCGACACCCUGAGAAAGAGGGCUACUCUCACCAAGCAGGCGUCUGUGGUCCAACAGGCGAAGGUCAGUUCUUGGCUGCAUUCUUCAGAGGACAUGGACAAGUGCUGCAAAGACUUGGAGGAAUGUGAGUCGUACCUGCUGGAACUCAACCUGCUGCUGAAGAGCAUGGAGGUCCUCCACCGCACCUACUCCGCCCCGGCCAUCAGUGCACUACAAGCUUCUAACUAUGACAUGCCCAAAAAAGAGAAGAGGCCAAGGAGAUGGCGAUCCAAAAACAACGGCAAAGAAACCAAAGUCAACCUGCAGGUCCCGAGCUGCAUCUCCUCUCAAUCCCCUCGUCUGCACGCCUCCAACCCCAAUCUCUCCACCACGGGCUCAAACCCCCAGGAGGCCUCCCCCGAAUCCCCGGACUCGCCCACGAACGCGUCCCGUCUGCAGGGGGACUUCUGCUUGCUGGCCAACAACAUCCACACCUCUCUGAAAUCGGCCUUCAGUUCUCUGGUCGCGGAGAGAGACCGAAUGAGGCAAACCAUCGACAGGCAGGCACCCCAGCCAGCGCAGGUCGUCGGCCUGAAGACGGCCUAUGCCUCGGAAUGUCCCGGAGGGUCUCACUCCUUGGUCCACCAGUUGUCCAACGAGAGCAAGGCAUCGAUCUCCGAGUCGAUAUCAGAGUUCUUCGAUGCUCAGGAGUACCUCCUGUCCUCUUCCUCUUCUGAGAAUGAGGUCUCGGACGAUGACUCUUACAUCAGUGAUGUCAGCGACAGCAUCUCCGUGGAUACCUACAGCAACGAGGGAGGCAGUGAGAGACACAACUCCGUGAGCAGCGCGCUGACACCGGCCCGUCGGCGCUCCACGCUGCCCUCCACCAGCCCCACCAGCACCGUGAGCCUUUGGAACAUCCUGAAGAACAACAUUGGCAAGGACCUGUCCAAGGUGGCCAUGCCAGUCCAGCUCAAUGAGCCGCUCAACACCCUGCAGAGGCUGUGUGAGGAGCUGGAGUACAGCGAGCUGCUGGACACCGCCAACCAGACCCGAGACCCCUACCAGCGCAUGGUGUACGUCGCUACAUUUGCAAUAACUGCAUAUGCGUCCACGUAUCACCGAGCAGGAAGUAAACCCUUCAACCCGGUGCUCGGAGAGACGUACGAGUGUGACAGACCGGAUAAAAGCUUCAGGUUUAUAGCUGAACAGGUGAGUCAUCACCCACCUGUGUCUGCAUGCCACUCUGAUUCAAGGAACUUCGCCUUUUGGCAAGAUGUUCGAUGGAAAAACAAAUUCUGGGGCAAAUCCAUGGAAAUUGUUCCCAUGGGGACCACACAUGUCACACUACCUGCGUUCGGGGACCACUACGAAUGGAACAAAGUGACGUCGUGCAUUCAUAACAUCCUGAGCGGCCAGCGCUGGAUCGAGCACUACGGAGAGAUGUCCAUUAAAAAUCUAAACAGUGAUGCCUGCCAGUGUAAAGUCACGUUUGUCAAGGCGAGAUCAUGGAGCUCCACAGUGAACGAGAUAGAAGGCGUGGUCACCGAUUCAAACGGAAAAGUUGUACACUCCAUCUUCGGAAAAUGGCACGAGUCAGUUUUUCAGGGAGACCCCCCUUUGGCCACGUGCAUCUGGAGAGCAAACCCCAUGCCGGUGAACCAAGACCAGUACUAUGGCUUCACCCAGUUUGCAGUGGAGUUAAAUGAGUUGGACUCCACCCUGAGACCUCUUCUGCCCCCCACAGACACACGCUUCAGGCCCGACCAGAGACUCUUGGAGGAGGGAAACGCAGAAGGAGCCGAGGAGCAGAAGCAGAGGAUAGAGCGGCUCCAGAGGGAGAGGAGGAAAGUGCUGCAGGACAACAACAUGACGCACCAGCCGCGCUUUUUCAAGAAGUCCGAUAACGACACGUGGGUGAGCAACAAUUCAUACUGGGAGCGGCGCCGAGACCCUGGCUUCAGCCAAAUGGACUUCCCUCUGUUGUGGUGACAUCUGGGUUCAACCUACCCGUCUUUAUGACAUAUUUAUCAUCAAGAGGGAAGUGUGAAACUGAAUGGAGACCAGCCUCCAAUUGCUGCUUAGAACGAACUGCCCCAUGUCAUGGUCACCCAAACCUGUGCAGACUUCUUGCUUCCCCUUUCAGGACCGAGCGGAACCUGUAGAAAGUUUUGCUGGUUUUGUUCCUCAUGGACACGUUUUCUGUUCUUAUUGUCAUAACUGUAAGGGACAAAGUGACAGUGUAAAAGAGUGUGUACUGUGUCAUCUCAGCAUUUACAAAAGUGCCUUUUUAUUGCAGUGCCUCUCACAAUCAACUGCUAUCGCAGUUAUGCAAAAAACACUUUUAUUCUCGAGACUUAAAUAUUACUUGGAUGAUUUUAGUAUGCUAUGUUGACUGCGGGUCGGAAUAAAAGGAUCCUUGUUGGAAGUGAGGUUAUUGAAAAAGUCAGAACUCGCUCGUGUUUUCCUCCAUCCAAGCAGCACCGUGACACAAGGGUUUUGAUCAGAUGUUCUGAUAACAAAAGAGGGACGUUUUCAGUGCGUUGCCUAGUUAUAGGAGGUCAUGUUGUCAUAGGGCUAUGGAUAAUGUUUAUCCAUGAGGGAAAAAUGACAAUGGCACUCCAUGUUCAAAGAAGAUAAUAAAAUGUACAAUGGA